AGCCUUCACGACUAAAUCCACCACCACUCCCGCACACCUCACCUCCCCCGCGUCGCCUCCUGCCCCCCUCCCUCCGUCCCCUGCGCAUUGGGCGGGCAGCUCCCCGGGGCGCCACCAAACCCUAACCAUCCCGGCGCCGCCCGGCCGGCCUCGAUCCGCUCCAGCGGCCGGCCGCCGAGCGAGGCGCGGCGGGUGGUUGCGCGUGCGGGUCCCGUGGGGGCUCGGCUGCGCGGUGGGCCCCGUUCCCGGCGGCGCGGCGCGGCGUGGGCGUGAAGGCGGUGGAGGCAGAGGGGUGGAUUUGCGCGGGGCGAUGAGGCGGAGGCUCGCGGCCGCGGCGUCGCGGGCGAGGCCGUGAAUGGGAGCGGCGGGGCGCUGCGGGCGGCUGCGUGCAUGGAGGCCGGGGCACCGCCCCGCGGCGGGCGCGGGAGGGUGCUCUGGCUCCUCAGCGUCGAGAUUGUGUUGAUUCUAGUCUGGACUCAAGGAGCUGGUGCGGAUUCUGCUGAAAGCAAAGCAUUGUUUCCGCAAGACGUGGAAGCUGGAGAAAAGGAUGUUUACCUUAGCCACUCAUGCAUCCAUGACGAGAUACUGCAUCAGCGGCGGCGAGCUGGGCGGAAGGAGUACUCUGUCAUGCCACAAGUGUACCACGAGCCUCAGGAGAAAGUGGACCACGUAAGAGGACGACACUUGUUGGGUCUUUCGUCUUCGCGUGUUACGCAGAGGAAUGCCAGGAAGCCAAUACGCAUAUACCUCAAUUAUGAUGCCGUCGGGCACUCGCCUGACCGGGAUUGUAAAAGAGUUGGUGACAUCGUUAAGCUUGGCGAGCCUCCUGUACCGUCAGCACCAGGAACACCUAUAUGUGAUCCUCAUGGCGAUCCACCACUGGUGGGAGACUGCUGGUACAAUUGCACCCUGGAGGACAUAGCUGGGGAGGACAAGAAGCAACGGCUCCGGAAGGCACUGGGACAAACAGUAGAGUGGUUUAGAAAAGCUCUAGCUGUUGAACCUGUCAAGGGGAACCUGCGGCUCAGUGGGUACUCAGCUUGUGGUCAGGAUGGAGGUGUACAGCUCCCACAUGCAUAUGUUGAAGAUGGUGUUUCUAAUGCCGACUUAGUCCUCUUAGUAACUACUAGACCGACAACUGGUAACACCCUUGCAUGGGCUGUGGCCUGCGAACGUGACCAGUGGGGUCGAGCCAUCGCAGGACAUGUUAAUGUGGCCCCUCGUCAUUUGACAGCUGAAGCAGAAACAUUACUUUCGGCUACUCUAAUACAUGAGGUCAUGCAUGUUCUAGGCUUUGAUCCUCAUGCUUUCACACAUUUUCGUGAUGAAAGGAAAAGGAGACGUGGUCAGGUUACUGUUCAGACUUUGGAUGAAAAGCUUGGAAGAAUGGUUACUCGUGUUGUCCUACCUCGAGUAGUAAUGCACUCCAGACAUCACUAUGGAGCAUUUUCCCAAAACUUCACUGGGUUGGAAUUGGAAGAUGGGGGAGGCAGGGGCACCUCAGGUUCACAUUGGGAGAAAAGACUCUUAAUGAAUGAGAUCAUGACUGGGUCAGUGGAUACUAGGUCGGUGGUUUCAAGAAUGACUUUAGCAUUACUGGAGGACAGUGGAUGGUAUCAAGCUAAUUACAGCAUGGCCGAGCAUUUAGAUUGGGGUCGGAAUCAGGGAACAGAGUUUGCUGUAUCUCCUUGCAAUUCGUGGAAAGGGGCUUACCAUUGCAACACAACUCAACUAUCAGGAUGCACAUAUAAUAGGGAGGCAGAAGGUUACUGCCCUAUAGUGAGCUAUAGUGGGGACUUGCCUAAAUGGGCUCAAUAUUUUCCCCAAGCCAAUAAAGGUGGUCAGUCUUCAUUAGCAGACUACUGCACAUACUACGUUGCUUAUUCCGAUGGUUCAUGCACUGAUGUAAAUAGCGCAAGAGCGCCUGACAGAAUGUUAGGUGAAGUGCGAGGAAGUAAUUCGAGGUGCAUGGCCUCGACUCUAGUGCGAACGGGCUUUGUUCGUGGAUCUAUGACCCAAGGAAAUGGCUGUUAUCAGCAUCGCUGCACAAACAACUCAUUAGAGGUUGCUGUUGAUGGAAUUUGGAAGUCAUGUCCACAGUCUGGUGGGCCUGUUCAGUUCCCAGGAUUCAAUGGGGAAUUAAUUUGCCCGGCGUAUCAUGAGUUGUGUAAUACUGUCCCAGUCCCAGUGACUGGUCAGUGUCCCAAAUCCUGUAGUUUUAACGGUGACUGCAUUGAUGGGACCUGUCACUGCUUCCCUGGGUUUCAUGGUCGUGACUGCAGCAGAAGAUCUUGCCCAGACAAGUGCAGUGGCCAUGGUAUAUGCAAAGCUAAUGGGAUCUGUGAAUGUCAAAGUGGAUGGACAGGGAUUGACUGUUCAACAGCGGUUUGUGAUGAACAAUGUAGUUUGCAUGGAGGGGUUUGCGAUAAUGGUAAAUGUGAGUUCCGUUGUUCAGAUUAUGCGGGCUACACUUGUCUGAAGGGUUCUACAAUACUGCCCAGCCUGUCAAUGUGUCAUGAUGUACUUGUUAGAGAUUCGGAUGGGCAGCAUUGUGCACCAAGUGAACUCAGCAUACUACAACAGCUUGAAGCUGUAGUUCUGGUGCCAAAUUACAAUAGGUUGAUGCCAAGUGGACGGACCUUCCUUAACUUCUUCAACAAUGCCAAUUGUGCAGCAGCUGCGAAGCGGCUGGCCUGCUGGAUCUCAAUUCAACGGUGUGACGAGGAUGGGGACAACAGGCUUCGGGUAUGCUACUCUGCAUGCGAAUUGUACAAUUCGGCUUGUGGAGCGGGUCUGGAUUGCUCAGAUCAGACCCUUUUUAGCAAGAGGGAAGAAGAGGAAAAAGGUGUUCCGUGCACAGGAUAUGGCGAGAAGAAAUCUUUCUGGCUAUAACUUCUCCCGAGCUUCUUCCCAUGCUGCUCUGGAAGAAGCUCAGCAAUGGUGUAAAGUAUAAUUGACUGUUUUCUCUUCUUUUUUCCUUUUCAUCCACUACUUCCCAAUUGUAGGAUACGGGAAGUAGGAGGUUCAUUUCACCUAGGCACCUGAAGAUGGGUGCUUGGUGUACAAGCUGUGUUGGAGUGGGCUCUUUGUUAGAGGUUAGUCUGACUGGAAGAGAGGGGAGUUGGGGGAGAUGGAGGUGGAUGGUAGAUUCUUCGUUUUCGCUUCAGAAAUAGUGAAGGGAAUGUAAAGGUUGAUGUGUGUUGUAAUCCAUAAUCCUUAACAGAAUCAUUUCAAUGAGAGCCCCUGUGUUGUCUCA